CUCUCUCUCUCUCUCUCUCUCUCUCUCUCUCUCUCUCUCAAAAGAAAGGAAACCCUUUGCUUUUAAGGCUGUAACAAUUGAUCAUUUUCAAUCUCAAUCAUCUUUUGCUAUCGAGUUGGGUUUUGGUUCCAAGUAGAGCAACGUAACAAGGAGAGCAGGACCAUUUUCCCCCUGUAUUAUCACCCAGCAAAACGGUCCCCAAAUUCGGAUAACCACCACCCCAUCAAUACCCAAAAUUUUCCAAUCUCUUUUUCCUUAUCCUCAAUACAAACAAGAUGCCCUUUCCAUGUCUUUUUCUAGUUCGAAUCUUGACAACAUCUCUCUAACCAAAACAAACACUUUCCUCCUCCUCCUCCUAGAAAAUCAGCCAAGUAUGUUUUGGCUUAUGCUAUCAAUAGUAAGUUUGUUGAAAAUAGAGGUCCGUCGAGCCAGGUAAAUUCUUCUGUUAUGCCCCAUCGAUUUUGCUAGUAAGUUCGUUCUUUGGCUCGUUCGUAUUCGUUUUUGUGUUCGUGUUCGUGUUCGUGUUCGUGUUCGUGGGAUUGCGAAAAUCAUUAACAUCCAACACCAAGAAAGUAGAAGAAGUGACGACACUGGUUUUCUUCACUGGUAAAUUUCCUCUUCUAAAACAUAGACCCCCAAUUCCCCGAAAGCAGUCAAGACUUUUUUUUUUAUUACUUAGAUGUCCACACUAGGUUACGCUGUAAUCUAGAGACCAAUCCACGGUGCAUCAGAGAACCCCGUUGGGACUUUUGAGUAAUGGUGAAUUUACGUCGCCGCAUCCUCCACACAUCUCCGCCAGCAAAUCCCAACGACGCAAAUGUUUCAUACACCAAUACCGACACCAGUUUCGACACGACUAUGGUGAUCGUAUUGGCAUCCUUACUUUGCGCGCUGAUUUUCGCACUCGGGUUGAACACAAUAGUUCGUUGCGCUCUACGUUGCAGGCGCAGAUUUUCCGCGGCAGAGUCCAACUGCCGCGGCCUCAAAAAGCGCGCUUUGCGCCAGAUUCCGGUGGCGGUUUACGGGUCCGAAAUGAAGAUCUCGGCCACUGAAUGCCCGAUUUGCUUAGGUGAGUUUGUGGAGGGUGAGAGGGUUCGGGUGCUGCCAAAGUGUAACCACGGGUUUCAUGUGAAAUGCAUUGACAGGUGGCUGUUGUCGCAUUCGUCGUGUCCCAAUUGCCGCCAUUCGUUGGUUGAAAUAGCUACGGAUUCACGUGUAGAAGGUGAAGCCGCCGCACCUCGGCCGCUGGUUUAGUUGUUGAUAAAGUAUCGUCGGAUGAAUAUUACUCGCUUUGAACGGAAUAUUACUCGCUUGGAACGGAAUGCAUACCGAGCUCACUUCGACGAUCAUGUCCUUUCGUUUUUGUAAAGAUUGAAUUUUUUUUUUUUUGUAGUUUAUACAGCGAAAAUCAACUGAAUCAGAUAGUGAUAAAUGUUUGAUCAAAACAUUAUCUAAAAUUAUGAAGCGAAAUGAGUAUUGUUUGGUCAA